GACUAAAAUUAAUGUUGGAAGUUCUUCCAUUUUGAGGCAACUUUGAACCAGUGCAAUGGCGACUGCGGUGAGCAGGGCUCCCAAGGAUGCUGACCUGUGGGCCUCGCAUGACAAAAUGCUGGCGCAGCCCCUGAAAGACAGCGACAUCGAGGUUUACAACAUCAUUAAGAAGGAGAGUAACCGGCAGAGGGUUGGACUAGAGCUGAUCGCCUCAGAGAAUUUCGCCAGCCGAGCAGUUUUGGAGGCCCUGGGCUCUUGCUUAAAUAACAAGUACUCUGAGGGGUACCCUGGCCAGAGGUAUUACGGCGGGACUGAGUUUGUUGAUGAGCUGGAGAUCCUCUGUCAGAAGCGAGCGCUGCAGGUCUACGGUCUGGACCCCCAGUGCUGGGGGGUCAACGUCCAGCCCUACUCGGGCUCCCCUGCCAACUUCGCAGUGUACACCGCCCUGGUGGAACCCCACGGGCGCAUCAUGGGCCUGGACCUGCCCGACGGAGGCCACCUGACCCACGGGUUCAUGACGGACAAGAAGAAAAUCUCUGCUACAUCCAUCUUUUUUGAAUCUAUGCCCUAUAAGGUGAACCCCGACACUGGCUACAUCAACUACGACCAGCUGGAGGAAAACGCCCGCCUCUUCCACCCGAGGCUCAUUAUCGCAGGAACCAGCUGCUACUCCCGAAACCUGGACUACGCUCGAUUGCGGAAGAUUGCCGAUGACAACGGGGCGUAUCUCAUGGCCGACAUGGCGCACAUCAGCGGGCUGGUGGCGGCUGGCGUGGUGCCCUCCCCCUUCGAACACUGCCACGUGGUGUCCACCACCACCCACAAGACCCUUCGAGGCUGCCGCGCGGGCAUGAUCUUCUACAGGCGAGGAGUGCGCAGCACGGACCCCAAAACCGGCAAAGAGAUCCUGUACAACCUGGAGUCGCUCAUCAACUCUGCUGUGUUCCCAGGGCUGCAGGGAGGGCCCCACAACCACGCCAUUGCUGGGGUGGCCGUGGCUCUGAAGCAGGCCAUGACUCCAGAGUUCCGGGUGUACCAGCAGCAGGUGGUGGCCAACUGCAGGGCGCUGGCUGAGGCCCUGACGGAGCUGGGCUACAAAAUAGUAACAGGUGGUUCUGACAACCAUUUGAUCCUCGUGGAUCUCCGUUCCAAAGGCACAGAUGGUGGCCGGGCUGAGAAGGUGCUAGAAGCCUGUUCUAUUGCUUGCAACAAGAACACCUGCCCAGGUGACAGAAGCGCCCUGCGGCCCAGUGGGCUGCGACUGGGGACCCCAGCACUGACAUCCCGAGGACUUCUGGAAACAGAGUUCCGGAAAGUAGCCCACUUUAUUCACAAAGUUACUGGGCUUCCUGACUCACUGCAGCAGCUAAGAAACACCCAAGCUUGUCGCGUGUUCCCCGGUGGGACAGCAAAGGAAACUGAACCACGACCUUACAACUGCAGAGGGAAACCUGACCCUCUGCUCUGUGCUUUGGCUCAGAAUUCUCAGUCAGACGUGCCCGUAGAGGUGCCCCAGGCCGCAGUGGUCCUCGCCCUUCAGCUGGGCAGGUGGGAGAGCCUAGGGUCCGCAGCCUCCUGGGGAGCCUCAGCCAGGGACCUUCGUCCUGCGAGAGAACUCCCUCCUGUGAUCAAGAAGCCAAAUGUCACCUUCCCAGAGAAACUUUAUUUUUCAUAAAGCUGAAGUGCAAAACAUAAAUGACCAUUUUUAAUAAGCACAAAUUUUUAACCACAGAAUGUCUACAAGAAUUACAGCUUUAAAAAAUACAACCAAUUUUUAUAUUUCAAAAAUAACUCAAAUAAAUUAAUUUCUUAAAAAGUACACUUCUCGUACUGUUUGUUUGGCAUUUGCUCUGGUUGAACUCCGGUGCAACCGUACCUGGGAGCCGCUGUCACCGGGUCUCUGUCAUACUCUUGCCACUGUGACGACUGCAGCUCACGUGCUGGUCAGACUCCCAUUCACAGACGUGGACAGAAACAUGCAGUAAUAAAAUACUUUCCAAAAAUAA